AUGGCUCCGGUCACUGGGGUGCUCCAGCCCGGCGGGGGCGCGUUCGAGCCGUCCGGGGGCAUGCACCGCCCGUUCACGUCGCGUUCCAAAUUCCACUCUGCCAGUUCGAAGUCCCUGAGCGCGAAGAAGGCCCGCGGCGUCUCCAGCAGCACCCGCCGCGGCUCCGCGGAGCACCAGCGCACCGCCCCGGCCGCCCUGCCAUACAACUUGGCUACAGCCGAGCCCUUCCGACCCGCGCACUGGUCCUCACACACCUCGCUCGCGACCGCGCUGCACCGCGCACCGCACCUCCCACCCCCCGCGGGCACUUUCGGCGGCUACCUCCUCCACCCGCACUUCAAAGGGACACCCCCCCAGCACGGCCCGCCACCGCCGCUCGCGGCGUCGCUCCGCGGCAAGCCCUGGGAGGGCUUCGCGGCGGUCGCGCCCGUCGGGCCCGCGUACCUCGUGCAGAACAGCUCGCUCUGGGCCACGACCGCGCCGUUCGCGCCCGCGCGCAUCCUCCCGCGCGGCGCCGGGCCCGUCCACGCGGCGUCCCAGGCGGCGGCGGAGCCCGCGGCCCCGCGGCGGAGCACCGACUCGGACGGCCCGCCCGGGUGGGACGACGGCGAGUCCGCGGGGCCGCGCCGCGCGGACGACGGCGCUGUCGAGGACCAGGGCACGGGACGGCAGUUCUUCUCUCCGGGCGUCGGGCCGGUGGCCGGGUGCCGCAUCACGAAGUCGCGGUGCCGGAAGACGACGUCGGAGGUCCUCGUCACGGAGCUCGAGCUGCGCGGCAUCACGAUGGGGCCUCUGGGCUCGUAUAACAAGAAGGACCUCCUGAACCGGCUCCUGGAGCACGCGUACGAGGGGCGGUACGACGAGAUCGCGGCGUCGUGGCAGGGGGACUCCCAGAAGGGCGUGCGCGUGAUCGCGCGCGCCGCCGAGCAGCUCGCGAGCGCGGUUGUGGAGAAGCUGGGGGCGGCGGCGGGGGGGUUCGAUGGCUGGGACCUGUCGAACCGGCACGGGCUGCAGGUGAUGUUCCUGGGGACGUCGUCCGGCGCGGUCUCGGCCGCGCGGAGCCUUCCGAGCGUCGUCCUGCGGCUCGAGCGGGCGCUGUGGGUGUUUGGCGCAGGCGAGGACGCGCAACGGCAGCUGCAGCGCACGACGCUGUCGCCGUACCGCGUGGACCGGAUCGUCGUGCCGUCGACCGCGCCGGAGUUCCUGAACGGCCUCCCGGGCCUCGUGACCACGGUCUCCGUCGCGCGGUGCGGGGGGUCGUCGAACGUCCCGCGGCACAAGGAAGCCGCAACGCCGCUGCGGAUCUACGGCCCGCCGGGCCUCGCGCGGUACCUCAACACGAUCUUCUCGGUGUCGCAGGGGUACAUCGCGAUGCCCGUCGUCGUCUACGAGCUCUGGGACGCCGCCGGCGCGCCCGCCGCCGCCGCGCAGGGGCGCAUGUCGCCGACGCUCCUCAACCCGCGCAGCAAGAUCUUCGCGUGCAAGCUCUACCCCGACGCCGUCCGCGGCGGCGACGCGUACGAGGAGGACGACUCCUUCGACGACGAGCUGUACCGUCAGGUCUACAAGUGGGAACUUGACGACGCGCCGCGCCUGGGCGACGCGCGCAACGUGUUCCGGGAGUUCGGGCGGCCGCUCGCGCUCGCGGACGGGUACGAGAAGAGCGCGGCGCUGCUGGACGCGGAGGCCGCGGCGGGGACCGGGGCGGGGCCGGAGGGCGCGCUGCCGGUGUGGACGGUGCGGUGCGGAGACCAGUUCUCGCUCGUGGCGGCGCAGACGGGCGCGGAGCCCGGGCGGGAGGCGUGGGCGUGGGUCGCGCUCGAGGCGGACAAGGCCGGGCGGAUCGACACGGAGCGCUGCCGCGAGCUGGGACUCCCCCCGGGGCCUGAGUACGCGCGGCUCAAGGCGGGGGAGUCCGUGGAGCUCCCCUCGGGGGAGAUCGUGCGCCCCGAGGACGCCGUCUCGCCGGACGUGCCCGGGCGGAAGGUCGCGAUGAUGCUCGACCCGGCCGGGAGCGCUGCGGGCCUGGCGAACAUCGUCGACAACGCAUCGCUGAUUAUCGCGGGGACGAGCUUCGCUGCGCGCGGCGUCGAUGCGGAGCGGGGGAGCGCUGGCGGGGAGGAGGCGGCGGUGGCGCUGGCGGCGCGCGCGGGCGCGCUGGCGGGCGCGGCGAACGCACGUGCGCUGCUGCUGUCAGGCAUCUCGGAGGCGUUUUCCGGGGAGGCGGACAGCGCGGGGCGCGCGGAGGAGACGCUGCUGGACGCCGCGCGCGCGCAGUUCGGCGGCGCCGUCGCGAUCGCGUCGGACCUGGACGCGCUGUCGAUCCGGAAACAGCGCGGAAACAACGAGGACGACGACUGA